CAGUUUCUGAUUGGACCGCGUUCAUGUGCAUGUUGUGUUCUUGGUUCAAUGUUGUGAACUUGAAGCGGUUUGAAACGGAGAUCAAUCACGCCGCUGAUGUUUGCGACUACAUAGUUACACAGUACAUGAACGGAUUGGAAUAGAUACACAAGGUGAAGGAUGAGUCGCUUCCUGAAUGUGCUGAGGAGCUGGCUGCUCAUGGUGUCUGUGAUCGCGGUGGGAAACACAGUGCAGAGCUUCAGAGAUCACAGCUUCCUGUCCCAGAAGCUCUACACAGGAACUCCUGAUUAUGUGAACGGUCUUCAGGCGAGAACCUUUGGCAUAUGGACCCUCCUGUCCUCCAUCAUCCGCUGUGCCUGUGCCAUAGACAUUCAGAACAGAACGCUUUAUCAUAUCACCCUGUGGACAUUUGUUCUGGCGCUCGGUCACUUCCUGUCCGAAGCGUUUAUCUAUAAAACCGCUCCUCUGACCAUUGGAGUCAUGGCACCUCUGAUUGUAGCCAGUUUCUCUGUCGUGGGCAUGUUAGUUGGCUUCCAGUGUAUGUCUGAGCCUCAGGAAGCAGUGGGAGCUCGUCAGAAGAAGAGGAACUGAGGGACGCUUGUGAUGGGAACAGUGUUUUCUGAUGGCUCACUGGUUUACAUGCUUGUCCUCAUAGUAAAACAUAUGAGGCCCAAACUACAUGUUCACUGCUUUAGAAUCUGUGUAAUAUUCAACCAAUAAUUAUUUUAUAUGGAUAUUUGAAGUUUAAUUGUCUGAAAGCAGUCACAGUGUCGGUACUUUUGUGUUGUUUUUAGCUGAGAUGCACGAGCCAGAUCCACUAAAGCCUGCCAUCCAAGGAUAUCUUCCUUUCUAAUUGAUAUUUUGUUUUAACUUCUUGUUUUGUUGCUAAAUUGAAGUGCAGAAAUAAUAUAAUUGAUUUUUGGGAAGAAAAAAAAAUAUAUAUAUUCAUGCAUAUAUUGAUGUUUAGUUUUUUGUGUAUUUG